CGGGAGGAAAUGACUCGUGAGGCCUCCUUCUGCCGGCUGAGUGCUGCCCUCCCCCUCCUGCUCACACACCGGCCCAGUGCCUGCUGCCAUGAGGGUCCAGGUCUCUAUAUUGUUGUUGUUCCUGGGCCUGGUCCCAGCCCUGGUUCCGACUCAGCAAGAUAACUCCCUGAAGGAUGUCAUAACGACGACCUUGCUGGCUGAGCAGAGGGCAAUCGUCAGCCCGAGGCCUGAAGCAGGGCAGGACUAUGGAGUCAUGACCCCAUCUAACCCCAACUUGGAUUUGAGAGACCAAGAUGCAGAGGGGGAAAACACAUCUAGCGCAGGGAGUGGGCAUCAUGUGGAAGACGAGGUGACCAAGGCCACCACAGGAUCUAGAGGUUCCAGUUCCAGCAGCACGAGCACAACCGCUUCAGGCUCCAAGAGGCCUGUUACCCACAGAGAGACUGGGAGCUUGGCCAGAUUAGGAGCCGGCCAAAGCCAGGAGGAAAUCUUCAGUUACGAUUACAACUCCCUGCGCAAGUGGGGCCUGAUAGCUGCCGCCAUCCUGUUCGUCCUGGGCAUCCUCAUCCUCACCUGUGGUAAAUACGGGAAAUUCUCCAGAUGUGGGGGCCGGAAGCAGAGGAGCGCCUAUGAUAUCUCACGACUCUGAGGCAUCCCCUGCUGGGGGAUCCCUGUGGGGCUGGACACUGCUUGGAGGGGCCGGCUCGGAGCCCCACAGCGAUGCUGCGUGCCUGUUGGGGCGGCUGGGGCAGAACCAGCAGCACAGACCUGAGGGCUGCCAAGUGCCCCUUGCUCCCCCCUCUGUGAUCCGUCUGUCAACAGCACCCCAGCUCUGAUCACCCCAGCCCGACCCCUCUAGCCCCCACCGAUUCCCCAGCCUGCCCCCGGGCCUGGAUCCUCCAUCCCUCUCCUUUCCCCCCAUCUCUGUCCCCUCUCUGUCCCAGUCUGAUCUCCCACAUUCCUCUCUCCACUCCCUUCCAGACUUGUCCUCCCAUCCCUGUCCCCUCCCCCUUCCUGGCCUGGAUUCCCCAUCCUUGUCCCCCAUUCAGGCCUUAUCCCCCCCCGCCCCAAUCCGAGUCCCCAGUCUGUGCCUGGCCUGCCCCCCCGGCCCCAUCUCCGAGCUCCAGUUGCCCCAUGUUGUAUUUUGAUGACAUUAAAUGCCUGCCCCUGGGGAAGCAAAG